CACAUCAUAGUACUGGACAUGUUAUUAAUAAGUGUGUACUUUUGUUUUCAUUUUGCAGUUUAACUAUGACUUUAUUCAAGAGAGAAAUGUUCUGCCUCCAUAACAUGAGGAUAUAUAAAUGCUUCAAUUGCUUCAGGAUUUCACUGCCCCUUAAAGUAUUCAAAUGGCAAAACUAAAGUGACGAAUAUUAAGGGUACAUUUUUGAUCAUAAGAAAAUUCUCAGGUUCAUGGUAGUAUCUUUGUUAUGCAAGACGAAAGAGUUCUGAUAUYGCCAUCUUGGCAACAGAGGCUUCAAAACGAUAACUACAAAAACUGGGUUAAGAUAGGAUAUGGGAUUGACUUGGUGUGUAAAGCAAUACGACCAUACGUAGAAAAAGAAGCGAAGGCAUUCCAUGGCAUAGUGACAACCAGUCUUCAUGGACUUCCUCUCUGUACAUGUACUUACACGAGACAUCCUUAUCAUAAUAUGAUUACCUGCUUGUGGGCUAAGGAGCUGUUGAAUUAUCACACAAAAGGAAAGGCAACAUGGAGUCAAAGUAAUGCUUCACUAUGGAAUGACCCCAGUGUUGGUCACUGGGAGGUAGCCAAACUGUACAUGCCCUAUGGUUGUGCUAAAGGGAAUUCCUGUGCAGAGACUGAUGCUACUGGGCUCCUGAAUCUUUUGUACUGGUGUAACUAUUAUAAGACUGACACUAUGCUUGUAGAAAAGUUCAGGGACACAAGAAAUGCAUGGGGACACGCACCCAAACAAGAGUUUGAUGCAACUGAAACAAAUGAUGCUUUCCUGUCUAUGAAGGAUUUUCUACAAGAUGCAGAGUUUAGUUCAGAUCCUGAUGUUAUUGACGCCCUUAAUGAGGUCACAAAACUGGAGAGUGAUAUCCUCAUAGAUUUUAAAGAUAUCGAAGUCCAAGCGAUAAACCACUUAAAAGAUUUCAUCAUUUCUAUUAAAGAUGAAAUCAUCGAAAAAGUGGAUCGAAAUGCCGCUCAUACGACAGAAAUAAAAGACAUUCUUCAUUUUUGCAUGAAAGGUGAUGCCGAUCGAGACAACGUUCUUAGUGACAUACAGAACAGAAUAGAAACAAUCGAGCUAAGGGAGCAAGAGAAAAGCAAACAGAAUAGAUGGAUUCUGAAUACCCUUGAGAAAAUCACCUUCUUUCUGUUGAUCGUGAAACUGUUGAUAGUGUAUUUGAAUGCGGGCAAAAUAAUUCUAAGUCGGGCCAGAGUCUUAAUUCUCUUCCUGGUGCUGAGUGUAACCAUUCUUGAGGAAAAUACGGUAGAUUCUGAUUGUGAAAGAAACAAGCUCUACGAUGUCGAUCCAUUUGAGCUGAAGCAAUUUGAUUUCACUGAGUACCUGAAUCGAACAAGAGAAGGUUUCGUUGGACGCCAGUGGUUGUUCAAUAAUAUUACAGAAUCAAUCGAACAAAAGCAUAAAGAAUCCAGAGGAGUCUUGAUCGUUGGUCCACCAGGUUUUGGGAAGUCGGCACUGAUAUCAUAUCUGAUUUGCUCAAAACUGUCAAGACUUUCAUUACACAGCCAAAUUCUAGGAUACCACUUUUGUAUUCAUUCUGACAAAAACACCUUGAAUGGUGCCAAGUUUGUUCGUAAUCUGGCAAACAUGAUAGCAUCGAGAUUACCAAAUUAUAAAGACUUAUUGUAUAAGGAAAAGUUUAUACAAAGAAUUCUCAAAGUUGAAUGCUUGGGAGAUCCAACAGGAUGCUUCGAGCAAGGAAUUCUUGCUCCAUUGCUGAAACUUCAACUAAGAUUUGAAUAUUCAAUGUACAUAGUUGUUGAUGCAUUAGAUGAAUGCCUAGACGAAAAGGAAAAAAACACUGGAAGAACCAUAGUGGAUGUCCUUCAGCAUAAAAUAAAACAGUUUCCAUCCUGGCUAAAGGUCAUUACCACCACUAGAAACCAAUCAAACAUACGAAGAAAGCUUAGGAAUCUUGAUUUGAUUGAACUUCAUCCUGACAAUCCAGAAAACUUGCGAGAUAUCGAAAGGUUCCUAACGUCAAAAUUAGAGGGGUCUAUUCAAUCUCGGGUAAGGAGUUACGUCCUCUCUGGCAAAGAUACGUCAGUUUCGGACCUUGUCCAGAAAAGUCAAGGAAACUUCCUAUAUAUUAAACUGAUUUUGAAAUAUCUGCUCAAAAGAGGACUAACAGAUAAAAGCCAUCUUCCAGAUUCUAUAAAUAGCGUCUAUCAAGAUUUUUUUGAACGGAAAUUUGAUUCACUUGAAAAAUUCAGUGCACCUCGUACAAUAUUUGAGAUUUUAGUUGCUACAAAGUCGCCGGUAACUGUUAUGGAGUUGUAUGACAUUCUUUCCGAUGAAAAAAAGGAUUUUGGUUUGAACUACGAUUUGCUACCAGUUCUAGAAGAUCUGUCAAUGUAUCUUCUCUAUACCAAGGAAAGACAGUCGACCGUUAGUAUCUUUCACAAUUCCCUCACUGAAUGGCUAACAAGUGACUCAAACAAGGGCGGAGUUUUCUAUGUAAAUGAAAAGAAAGGAAGCAGAGCCUUAGCUAAUCACUUUUUAAAGGUAAUCAAUGGAAAUUUCAGCAAAGUAAAUCCCAAGUUUAUCUUCGAUUUAACUACGUACAUUGUUGUUGGAGGACAUCUAAAGAGGCACACGGAUAGCUUCCUUAAAAUUGAUCCUACGUUAAUCAAAGUUAAAGACAAACGUACUGGUUUUACUGCACUCCAUCUUGCUGCGGAAGCAGAAGACGAAAAGGUACUAGGUAUGUUGUUAAACAUUUUUAAAGAUGCAAAUGUCGAAGAUAUUAAAGGACGUACGGCUGCAUUUAUGGCAGUUACAUUUGGUCGUUUCAACAACCUACGUCUACUUCACGAGAAAGGAGCAUCUUUGUCUCGAGUGACAAAACGGCUGCCAGUUGUCAAAAAGAGCAAAAUUGAUGAUGCUCUGGAAUGCAAGCGUCAAAUGUGUGGAUACUCGCUGCUUCAUGUGGCUGCUCAAAAGGGUCACAAAGACAUAGUCGAGUACCUUAUUAACAAUGGCAGUGAUGUGUCUUUGUUGUCAGCAACGGGUAACAGCGCCGUGCAACUUGCAGCUGAAUUUGGUCAUAUUGAAAUCGUCGAGCUGUUGUUGCUACAUGGGGCAGAGGUAGACAACACUUGUCUUUACUAUGCUGCUUUAUAUGGGCAAGUUGAGAUCGUAGAGUUUCUAUUAAAAAAAGGAGUCAAAGACUCGUGUAUUCGAUGUGAUGGCAUCGAUGAUCAGAUAUCAGACUUUGUUCGAAAUUGCAAUACAGCUUUGCAUGCAGCGGCCAUUGGUGAUUACCCAGAUGUGAUAGAAACUCUGCUCACUUCAAAACAUAAUGCAAUCAAUUGUGUAAAUUGCUUUGGCAAAGAGCCAAUCCAUGAAGCAGUUCAUCACAACAGUUAUCGAGCAGUAAAUGCGUUUCUAAAUCAUGGCGUUGACACUUCGAAUAGAUGUAAGUCAUUUGUCAGAGACGGUUUGUUUGAUCUCAAAUUUCGUGGAUACACUCCACUACAUCUGGCAGCACAUCACGGCUUUGCUGCUAUAACGAGUUUGCUUCUGGAACAUAACGCUGAACAUAAUGCGACAGAUUGGAAAGGCUUGCAGCCAAUUCACGUUGCUUCUUGUCAGGGACAUGGAGACGUAGUAUCUAUUCUCGUGGAACAUGGCGCAGAUAUCAACAGCAAAGGUCCAAAUGACACGACUCCCAUCCAUUAUGCUUGCAAAUGUAAAACAACUGAAGUAUUUGAUAAACUUUUUGAGCUUGGUGCUAAUGGUUUAGCACUCACUGCAGACGGAAAGACACCUUUGCAGUUUUUGGUUCAAGAAUAUUUUAUAGAUAAGAAGUUUUACUUUGUUGAUCCGUAUGUUGUAAAUCCGAUUGACCCAGUUACCUUUGAUUCGUCGGAAGAUAAAGCUAUCAAGUCGCACAUGAGAGAACAUUUUUGGCUUACAUCUUCCACAAAGUUCCUUCAGUCGUUAACUAAGUCCCGUGAUAUCACUUUGUCUGAAUUGGGGGCAGUUCUGGGGCCAUUGCAGUCAUUUCUGUCAUAUGGAAGUGUUCUCCCUGAAAAUAUCAUAAACGAAAUAUCUUUGAUUUUGCUUGGAAGUGAUCGCCACAUAAACUCUAGACUUGUCGUUCUCUCUACACCUGCACCUUUUCCAGUUGACAUUGGUUUAGCAUCCUUUUUACAAAACCAACAUAAAGAUUUGAAUCAAGUUAGCACAUCAACUGUUUUGCCAUCUUUCUUGAAAAAAAGUUUUUCAACGGCACUUAUGACAAUGACUGGAAAAAUAGACUUUAAGUGCUCGAUUUUGGUAACCUCCAUCCAUCACAAUAUGGUGUAUGCUGUCGAUGCGUUUUUACAAUUAGGAAUGGAUGUCAAUUGUGAGGAGUCUGGCCUAAGCCCACUUCUUGCUUAUCUAAGACAAGGGGGACGUAACAUGGCGAAAGUCCUCGCAAAACAUGAUGUUACUGUUGACAUACGAUGCGGAGAAUAUUUCCAAGAUUCCGUAUUUCAUCUUGCUGCCUAUCACAAGUUGCAUUAUCUUCAGUAUCUUUCAAUAUUUUUAGACCCCAAUAAAUGGGAAGAGUACCUGAAAGAGGAAAAUGCGUUGUUUGACUAUCUUUUCGAUGUCUAUGAUGAAGUAUCCACCGAAGGGCAGCUUAAGUUAAAAAAAGUUCGAGAUGGUCCUGUAACCAUAGCAAUUAAAUCCGAUUUCCGUAACUUCAAGAUCAUCGACGACUGUUUUGAUAAUGAAGGCCACACAGCUCUUCAACGAGCAGCACAGGGUGGGAAUGUUGUUGCUGUCAAAUACUUUUUGGAUAGGGGUGCCAAUGAUAAGAAGCAAAGUCCCGAAGGAUUCGACAUCUUGACUCUCACGAUAUGGUAUGCAGUAAAAUACCGCCCAUUUCCUAAUUUCCACGAGACAAGUCUUCUAUCAUCACUGGAAAUCGAAUUUGCAUCUCUCACUGCAAGUGUGAUUUUAAAUCAUUUGACCAAGAAAAAACCAUUUGACAUUGGAUGUGAUUACAAGAGAAUUACACCUACACUUUUACAUUUAGCAGCAACUCGCGGAAUGUGGAGGUUUAUAAAUGACUUGUUCGUUGCCAAAGACCACUACAAAGUUACUGGUUUAACUGCUAAUUGCCCUACAAAGGAUAACAUCACGCCCAUGUACUUAGCCAAGCUGCAUGGUGGGGAGAAUUGUGACUGGGAUAAUCCUUGGUGUAAGGUGGUUGGAGUGUUAUCGCAAAAUGGAGGGUCCAUGAUUUAUCCAGACCGUGUAUCUGAGUAUCUUCUCAUUUUUAAUACUUUAUUCCAAAACCUUCCCGGGAGACUUGACCUGAAUGACUUGGACGAAAAAGAAAUACAAAUGUUGCGUGGAGAUCACAAAGAAUGCUACAGCUUGCGUUUGAAGGAUUUGGCAACUGAAAUGAUUGCAUCGAACCUCUCAAAAAACUUUGAUCGUCUUCUCAAGAUGAGGCAAUCGCAAUAUCCCCGACUCGUUGAUAUCAAUUUUAGCCUCAAAGCUUUAACCCACAACAGCGAUUUAUUAGUUUUAGGUAUUGAUGAAGCUAAGUUCUUAACAACAAAAUUAAUGUAUGAGCUGUUUUUAACGACAAAAAUUUUUACUUUUGAAGGUAUUUUUAUGUUUAUGAAUAACUUAAGAGAAUUAUUAAGGUGCAUCAAGGUGAGAUUCGAUGCAAAUUCUAAAUACCACGGAAUAACUGACGACACAUAUACGCCUCAACCGGAAAGGCGCGAAGAAGAUUUUCCUACCGGUACCGAAAACGAUGCCAAUGAAAUUGAGUUAGACGCUACUGUGCACAUUCCAGACAUGUGUUCAUCUACAUCUGAAGUUUAUUUUGAAAUGUUAGGGGAGCUUCUUGAGAAAAACAGGCACUCAUUUAACAAUCGUUACGAGGCUUUCAUAAAGAAAUUUAAAGAUGUACAAUAUUCUUCGAGACAAUUUUAUUCAGUUUGGGACAGGGAGUAUUCACUCGCCGUUCAAAAAAUGUUUUACCGUCAUGAGAAGAAAAUGUUUUGUCAACAAAAAGAAAUUACCUAUCAAUAUGCAAGGCUAAAAUUUCUUUUGCAUACACUUAAAUUUUGGAGCUCUCAAGUCAGAAGAAAUGAAAUGUUCCCAAUUAUUUCAAACUUUACAUUCGAGAGAAUUAAAAGGGUUUUCUUUGAAAACAACAAAAAACAAAUGAUUAAUCUUAUUUUAAGACUAGCAAAAACCGAUCCUUUAAAUGAGUAUGAGUACAUGGAGAUGUUCAGGUUUUCCGAUCCACCUCUGAAAGAAGUGUUUCAGAAUUAGCAAAAGAUAAGAGUUAAUCUCGUUAGCUGUUUUUAGGGCUUUCAGGGCGUUGUGUGUGGGGAAAAAUGAAUGAUUUUUUAUCACACGAAGGCCAUGUUUAUUCUCAUGAGAAUAAAAACUUUUGUUUCCCCAGCAUAAAUUAAUUCCCAAGCGCUUGAAUUUGAGGCUACGCGUGGUGGAAUCUAUUGUUCAAUCCAACAUGGGUGCCGCGUGAAAAAGGCCCAUUUUACAAUGUUAAGA